CAUCGGGAUCGCUUAUUCAAAUAUGGCGCUUGUUCUUUACCUUGUUUCUGUUCGCUCAAAUACACUUGCGCUGAGGAUAAGAAACAACGAGGCCACCUUUCAACAUAGCAUUACAUACGCUGAUAAGUUACCUUAAAUUUAAUUAACGGCCGGACGAUGUUUACCAGUUUCGAUGAGACACGCGCUUCGGAAGCGUCACUUGACGUAAAAUCGAUGACAGAAAUCUUCCUUCAACUUGUGUCCACGUUCAAACCGCUUCACGUGCUUGGCAUUGAAUGUCAUCAUGCUACUAACAAAGGGUGACGAAUCAAACUCGGCUAAUUUUCUUUUUAAAGAGAGACCAGUUUAAAUUACUCUUUGGAACAUAUGGCGAUACACCUGAUUCCCUCACAGGUAGGUCACGGGGGAAGUAGGUGCCUACGAACUGUCAGACAUCAACAGAACAUUGCUCACAAUCCUACGUUGAACAUCCACUGGUGAACGUACGUCAAAAAUAUUCCUCUUUGACGAGUUGUACUCCAUAACGACAUCUCCCAUAAGUUUCUAUCCGUCAUGGCAUACUGUGGUUGUUGCACUAGACGAGUUUUUAUCAUAUUCUUUUCGGUCUCCGGGCUCAUUCUACUAAUAACUGGCUUAUUACUAACGGCAAGUCACGUGAUCAUCAAGAGCAGAGUGAAAGAGGACGUCCAAUUAAAACCUGGCAGCUCAGUGUUCAACGAGUGGAAAAAUACCAGCAUUCCUUUCUUUAAGAAGUUCUAUAUCUUUAACCUGACAAAUCCAGAGGAGGUGAUGGCUGGAAGUGCAACUCCCAGUGUGGAACAGAUUGGACCAUAUUCUUACAGAGAAAUAAGAUCAAAUAAGGUGCUUGAGUGGACAGAUGAUGACAGCAUCGUGAAAUUCAUGCCAAACAGGACAUAUAUCUUUGAUCCAGAGACAUCUUGUGUUGGCUGUGAUGACAGGAAUGACACAUUUGUCAAUGUUAACAUUCCUUUACUGACCUUAGCUCUGUGGCUGAGAAAUACCAACUAUACCAUGGAACAACCCCCGCUCUGUUCAUAUGGAAUUCAAGCUGCUCUAAACAAAUACAAUCUCAAAUUGUUUCGAAGGAAGGCUGUCUAUGAUAUACUCUGGGGAUAUCAGGAUGAAUUUCUUGAGUUCCUUCUGAAUAUUUCCAGUCUAUCAAAAUGUCCUGCUAAGGAAGGAAUUACAACGUUUAUCCAAUUACAGUACAACAACACAUUUUAUGGCGUCAGUGCUGUGAACACUGGAAGAACUGACAUAAGCAAGCUUGAACAGUUUACUAUGUGGAGAAAUGAAUCCCAUUUAUCCUGGUGGAGUGAUAAAUAUGCGAACAUGCUAAACGGAACAGACGGUACUCAGUUCGCUCCAGAUGUCGAUAAAGAAAACAAAUUUUAUGUUUUCUCGCCAGAGAUUUGUAGAUCGGUGUAUUUCAAAUAUGAACAGGAAGUCACAUUGAAGGACAUCAAGUUGUACCGCGUCACAGUACCAGAUAAUGUUUUCAAAAGUGGCGAUGUAUAUCCUCCUAAUAAAGGAUUCUGCGUAACUCCCGGUUGCUUACCAAGCGGAUUGUUGAAUAUUAGUCUUUGUCAGCCAAUGAAUCCACCCGUGGUUGCAUCCCCUCCACAUUUCUACCAAAGUGACAAGUCUCUGUUAGAAAGGGUUCAUGGGCUCAAACCAGAGAAGAGUAAACACGAAACUUUCUUGGAAAUUGAACCGAUAACAGGCGUUGUUAUGCGGGGUGCUCAAAGAGUUCAGAUAAACAUCGCACUGGAGUCUGUGGAUGUUUUAACCCAAACUAAAGGGAGUUUUGAAAAGGUGUUUCUACCUUUUAUGUUCGCCAGCGAGACUGCAGAAAUCACCGACGAAAAGGCCUCAGAUUUCCGUAAAAAAGUUUACACGGCAAUAACGUUAGCAAAUGUGUUUCAGUAUGGUUUGAUUAUACUUGGCGCCUUCUUCAUAGUAAUGGUGUUACUAUUGCCUUGCUUUAAUACAGACGAUAAAAAGGGUGAAGAAGACGGCACGGAGGAUGAAGAAGGCGAAAAACAUCCAUUGUUAGAUUCUACCAAGAAGACCUCUUUUUCGCACAAAACACACACAACACAACAAGGAGAAAGCACUUAAAACACAUUGCCGCAAUGAGAUCUUCACCCUGUUCAAAAUGUGCUUGCUAAAUGGACGAAAAUCGGUAGUGUACUUUAUACUGGGUUCCAGACUACCUAGUUCUAAAAAAGUUGAUAAUAUGUAUUCUUAGACAAACAAACAUAAAAACAAAGUAAAAACAAAUUAAAACAAGAAAGAAAACAGAUAAAGAAGAAAAUGGAAGUUGGAAGGAAAAACAAAUCCCAAGUUUUUCGUCGGACGUAACUGAAGAUCUGUCGUUAUUCUUUUUUACUUUGGUUGGUAUAUCUUAAGACUACUUCCUUUACCAUCUUGGCUGUCUUUCUUGACUUGUAUCUCAGUGGCGGAUCCAGGGGGAGGGUCCGGGGGGAUCCGGACCCCCUCUAACAGACCUGACGCUAACAACUUUGAAAUUGAAAUUCUUACAUCGAUAGGAUCGUAUAUCACUUUUUAACUAGCUGAUCUUUUUAAUGAAUCCAAGCAAACGGUAAGCGACCAAGGAAUUAUAACGUGCAACCGCGACUGGUGGGAGGGGAUGUGUGUGUGGGGGAGAAAUAACUUGCCUCAAAAGAGUCCAACAGUCCUUUCUGAACCAAAGUUUGGACCCCCCCCCAAUAAAAAAUUAUUGGAUCCGCCCCUGUAUCUUAUCACUUCUUUAGUAUUUUUCUACCUUAAUGAACUUUUAUUAUCCUGCCGAAACUUUUUGACAAAAUUCUCAGUGGAUCAGGCAGUUAUCAGUUACGUUUUGUUCUGCAUAAAUUACGUAAUGGCCUAUUUUUAAGAGGAAUCCAUGCAAUAUUUAGCCGGAAUUAUAUUUGGACUUUAAAGACAUUACGUAGAAAUAUCUUCGAGGUUCACGUUAUGAUCUUGAGGUAUUGCAAUUAAAUUUUCAAAUAACGUUUUUCUUUACAUUAUACUCUUGUCGUUCUUUUAGCUUGCAAAUAAUAAUUGUUCUCACUACCAGAUAACAUAAGCAAUUCUUCUUACUGUGUGUCGUACGAUUCUCCAUUUCAAAAACGAGUGGGGAAGUGGGUCGAGAAACAAAUCAAAGAAUUGUGUCUCGAGUAACGAUCCCAGACAAACUUGCGCGGCGAACUCGACCCACUCCCCCACUCGUUUUUGAAAUGGAGAAUUCUCAUGAUUUUGGUUCAGAGAAAAUUGUAUUAGAUCCACAAAUAAAUCGCUGAUUAAUACUUU